AAUAUACUUCGUUACUUCAUUCAUUCAUGAUUCAGUCAGUCGUGAGUUCAGUGAAUCAACUUUGUGUCAUCGGUUUCGGUUGUGUGGAGUAGCUAGUGUUUUUAAUACUAUUAUUGUUUACUGGACUUCCUCAAAAUACAGAUUUAAGUUAGUUUAAAAAAGCAAAGUUUGUUUUUAUUUGAGUAAGUUAAGUCGAACGUGGCAACAAAUAAUCAGUUUGUGUAUAUUAGCGGCCCGUCGUGGGUGAUCCAUGGUGAACUCUUAAGUUAUUUAAAAGUGCGUGUGCUUUACUAGUGUGUACGAAUUAGUAGAAUCUACUUUACGUAAAUGUCGCCGUGGUUAGAGUGACAAGUUUUCUUAAUUACAAGCUGGAUCAAAAGUGCGUCUGGUAUACGUCAAUGGAUUUUUAGCAGUUGCUUAAGAUUGGUGCGGCCGACACAAGAUGAUGGUGGAAACCAUCCUGGAGUCCUCUCAGGACUUUGGAAUGUCGAACGGAUCGCUGCCGCAGUGGAAGCGCGAGCUGCUGCAGCGACGCGCGGCGCGCACGCGGCCCACGCAACCGCCGCCGCAGCCGCCGCCGCCGCCGCCGCCUCAGCCGCAACACGAUGAUGAAGACGAGGAACUGCGCUAUGGACCAGGCAUAGUCAAAAGACUUAAAUCGCGGUAUCUUAGUCUGGCGCUUCGUGACGCGCCACGUCGCCGCCCAUCUGUGCUUCGGCGCGCCGCAUCGCUGGAGCACCUGCUGGACGAGCGGCCGCCGCCCGCGCCCGCGUCCCGCUCGCACCCGCGCCCUCCCCGCCCGGCGUCCGUAGCAGUGCCGCCUGCUCCGCUCGCGUCCGCCACACGACGAGACUCCGUCAAGCGUGCUCGUUCCGUGGACGCCCUCAGCCGCUUGGACACACGAGAUGAGCCGCGAGCGCCGUCGCCCUCUCCUCCGCCGCCGCCGCUGGCGCCGCGCCCUCCGCCACAGCCGCGAGCCGCGCGCCCUCCUCGCCGCCCAACCCCAUUGCUUCGAGAGACUGAACGGCCUCCUCCAGAUGUGGUCCGCUCCACCCUACGUAAAUUUGAGAGUGCUCCUACGCGUCGCGCAGCACCGGCGGCUCGCGUAUCUGCCGUCCUGCGAGGUUUUGAAGGCCCUCGUACCUCAACACCGGAACCUCACGACUUAUUAGAGGCGCCGCCGCUCAGCCCUCGGUCGCCGAGUCCUCUUCCGCUCUCAGAAACAAUGACACCAGUGCCGGCCACGCCGAUACCAAAUGAGGAGGUGGAAACCACGGAACCGGCAGGAGCUCGUCAAGUGUCGCGCGCUGCUCUGGACGGUAUCGCUCGUGCCGGGCUUACUGUACGCUACGCGUUUGAAGCCCCCCGAGCCGCUUCUCAUUUGCCACCUCUAGCGGCUACCAACCAAGUCCUUCUUGGGAAAGCACGUCGCGUAGGUGUAAUUCGACCCAUGCCGGCGCGUGCUGCUGACGUUUCAAGCGACGAAACACUAGAGGAUGCAGAAGAAAAGACCCCCGAACAUACUAGACUGGCAUCGGCUUCGCCGCCACCGACGGAAUGUGAUCAAACUCCUCCAGGACGCACCGAGAGACGGGAGCCCCCGCCGGCAGCACUCGUGGAGCCCAUCCCGCGCUCGCCACCCGAGUGCACGCGGCCGCUCAGCCCUUCGGAACCGGCGCCGCUGGAAUGUAGUCUCGGUCCGGAACCGAAGGCAAAGCCGAAACUAGACGCUGUCACCGUGCCAUUAGUAAAUGGGCACGUGGCCACUGAGCGUCCGUCGGAAGCCAAGCCAGCCGUGUCGCGAAUAGGCGCAGCUGGGAUCGAGCGCGCCUGGAGCGGCUCUGGAGAGAAGAAAGUCUGUGAGAGCCAGAGCGGCGAGAAGCGCGAAAGCGGCGGCGGCGCAGCGUGGGCGCGGCCCGGCAGCGGCAGCCCCUCGGCAGCGCGGCGCCCGCGCGCGCCCCCGCCCGCCUCCACCUCCGUCGUGUUCAACUUCUCCAACCGCAAGGAGGUACCCGACUACAUCGAGAACGACGGCAUCAUCCUGCGAGCCAGCAGACGGAACAGAAUCAAGGCGGGCGAGCCGGGCGUGGUGGUGCUGCGCGGCGAGGCGCGGGAGGCGCGCGACUCGGACUCGGACUGCGAGCUGGACGGCGCGCCGCCCUCGCCCUGCGCCGUGCGCUUCGUCAACGACAACGUGCUCAUCAACGGGCGCUCGUCCAUGCCCGCGCGCCCCGACCGCGACCGCAUCGCCAAGCUGAAAUUGCAAUUCGACGACUCGCUGACGCGCACUUUCGAAUAUCCGUCGGAGACGUCGCUGUGCGAGGAGAGCCCGAGCCCGGCGGAGGCGGGCGCCGGUUCGCCGCUGCACGCGCCCCUCGCCGCCAACACGCAUAUAUCGUCGGCCGCGCUGUCCCGCUACACGCCGCACAAGACGGCGGCGGCCGCCUUCCAGCUGGGCGUCACGCGCCGCGCCGACCCUGCCGAGCAACGUUCUCCGUCGCCGCCAGCAGGCGAGGGCUCGGGCCCCGGGGGCGCGGGCGCGGGGCCCGGGGGCGCGGGCGCGGGGCCCGGCGAGGGCGACGCGCGGCCCUGCGGAGCCGACGCGCGCUCGUGGAGUGACGCGCGCUCGCACACCACCGACCUGCUGUUCUAGUCACUACGCUACAGGUCGCUGGGACGCCAAGGUGAGAUCAGACACGCCACGUCGCGUGGGCCCCGGGGCUGGCCGGGGCCGGCCGGGGCGGGGCGGGCCGCCGGCGGACGGGGGUAUUGUUAGGGUUGGUGCUCAACCGUUCUGCUCAAGUAUUGCUAUGUAACAGUCCGCGCGUAGGUUAAGAAACAUCGAGUCAUAUCUGUAGGUACUUAACAAUACAUUACCUUAAUCAAAAGUAAUCGCUGAGUACGAAGCUCGACUGAUUAGCUGAUAACGACUUCAACUUGACCUUUACAAAUAUUUUGAAGCAUUUAUAUAUGUGUAUUUAAUGUAUAACUAAAUAGAUAGUAAUUAUAGUAAGUGUCAGCCGCAGCGACGGGCUGCAGCCGUGAGCUCUGCGAGGCCCGCGCUCGGGAGCUCGCGACCUGGCGCGUCACUGUAACUGUAUUGUGAUCGCCUUAUACUCAUUCCACAUGUCAUUCCUACAUUUUGUAAUCGACUUUUACUGAUCGUUUAUGAGCUUUUACAUUUAAUUAGUUUAAAUUUUAAUGACAACUUAAUGUUAAAAACAAAGUAGAUAUAUUUUUAUGAAACCUAUUGCAUCCUUUUUUUUACAAUUAACUUACAAUGAUAAAAGCAAACUGUUCUAACAUUUGCUCGGUGAAUGUAUUUGUCGAAUAGACCUGAGCUGUGCCUCUGGCGGAGCUAGCCGCCCCGUACCGUGUUGGAGUACGUGUAGUAUGUUCGGGCACGCUGUGAGAGUGUCAUAUAAUUAUGAGUAUCUAGUUAGUAUGUAGCCGGCGCCGCGCGUGCGCCCCCGACACUUGCCAAUGCCUAGUUGUAUGGUACUAUUGCGAACUAUGACAUGUAGGUGAUUCAACAUUAUCAAUUUAGUAUUAAAUGAUAUCAUUAUGAUGUAGUAAAGCAAUGUAUUGCCUUUUUGUAUUUAUAAGUAAACUGAGGCGCGGUUCGGUGAGUUCUUGACAGUGAUAUGCAAGGCAUUGUGUACAAAAAUGUAAUGUGUAAUGAUUAGUAGUAUUGUUUAAACAAAGCGCGCCUUGUCGCGCGGCAGAGGCUCGCCGGCUCGCGCUCCGGUCACACAGAGUGACGUCAGGGAGGAGGUAGAGUAACAUUGUGAUGUCCUGCUCGUGGGUACAAAGGUUCCGCGCCGCCACUCACUGCGCUGCGUGCUACCGUACUUGUAUUGUAUAUCCAUUAUGUAUUGAAAUCCUGAAUUGCAAUAAAAUAUAGAAAUCAAUUAUAAA